UUGGGGAAAAUUAUGAACUUUUGACCUAGUGACCUACUGACCUACUGACCUACUUUGUGUAUGAGAAGUUUGAAAGUUGACCUGACCUAGUGACCUAGUUUGGAUGACCUAGUGACCUACUGACCUACUGACCUACUUUGUGUAUGAGAAGUUUGAAAGUUGACCUGACCUAGUGACCUAGUUUGGAUAUGGUGUAAAAUCUCCAGAGUGGGUCAUGGCCUAGUAACCUACUUUGGACCUGACCUAGUGACCUAGUUUGGAUAUGGUGUAAAAUCUCCAGAAUGGGAAAGUUAUGAACUUUUGACCUAGUGACCUGUUGACCUGUUGACCUACUUUCUGUGUGAGAAGUUUUCAAAGUUGACCUGACCUAGUGACCUAGUGACCUAGUUUUGAUAUGGUGUAAAAUCUCCAGAGUGGGUCAUGGCCCACUGACCUACUGACAUACUUGAGAUAUCCGAAGUUUAGACGACCUUGACUUGGUAAACCAGUUUGUGGAUAUUGUGAAAAAUAACCAAUUUGGGUUAUAGCCUAGUGACAUGGUGACAUAGUAGACCUAACUUGAAGAUACUGAAAAGAAUAAGAGUGAGUCAGCACAUAUAAUACUAAGGGUGUUGUAAAAUAUCUAAGAAUACCACGUCAAGUUCAUGUACAGCAUUCCAAAGCAGCUUUGAUAAGGAACAACUAUAGCAUUACAAACAUAGAUGAAGUAUUUAUAUAUUAUGCUAACCACAAGGAGGAAGACUUCAUAUGGCAAUUGGCCACUCUGUUCUCUUUGAACAAAAAGCGUUAUUACAUGGUACACCUAUCACCAUUCAUAAGGAACAACUGUAGCAUGACAUGCAUAGAUGAAGUAUUUACAUAUUACACCAACCACAAGAGGGCAGACUUCAUACUGCAAUUGACCAAUCUGUUCUCUUUGAAACAUGAAGCGUUAUCAUAAGGUACCCCAAGCAACAGCUUUGAUAAGGAACAACUACAGUAUGACAGACAUAGAUGAACUAUUUAUAUAUUACAUCAACCUCAAGGAGGAAGACUUCAUAUUACAAUUGGCCACUCUUUUUCCCUUUGGACCAAAAAGCGUUAGUACAUGGUAUGCCAUUCAAUAUUUUUCUAUUUCAUGCAACAGAGUCUGCUAAAACAAUAUUCAGAAAAAUAUCACAUUCAAAGUUACACCAACUCUGUACAGACUAAAGUCAACUGCCUAGAACUUUUCACAAAGCACUCUACUAAAAUGCAUGUAUGACAUUAUGCAAAUGAUGAUUGGUGCAAUUCACCAAAUGGUAGUUUGGGUAUUAUGUAUAAUUUUUUGUAAUUUUUGUCCUAAUCAGGUCAUAAACGAUGGAACAACAUAAUUGUGAUGAUCGACCUAAAUGCUGCUACCGUUUUAUUUAAUGACCCUAAUUUGACCAUAAGUACUGGUAAUUAUUUUUUUCCCUUUGUUACAUACAGAUAUUUUUCAACAACUUGUGUGAUUCUUGUUUAAGAUCAGGAUUAUAUUAUUGUUUAAUCAUUCUGUUACUCAUAGUCUUUUGAGACGGAUGUCUAUUGUGUUGUGGCUUUGGUGAUAUCAGGAGAAUCUCAUACCCAGAAACUUCACGGAUAUUAAACUAAGUUAUAAUAAUGGAAAAGAAGACAAUGGAACGGUCAUGUGCAGCAGCAGCUGCUGUUAGUAAUAAAAAAUUGACAUAUGCCAAUGUGGUUGCUGGAAAAAAGCCUCUUCCUAUUCUUGACGGACCUGAUUCCGAGGAGGAGUUCACUUCUAAACCACAUGAAUGGGUAAAAGUGGAAAGGAAGAGGCCUAAAGAGGCAAAGAAAGGCCAUUUGAAGCUCUAUCUAAAAAAGAGGUCAUUUAAAACUCAACUGUCAACUCCAAGAAUGACAACAAAAAAAACGAAAGUUACAAAAACGCCACCAGAAGAACCAACACCCUCACCACCAUCACCAUCAAGAACAACAACAACCCCUGGAAAUGAUGAAGAAAGAAAAGUUGGAAGAAUAUCCCCGCCACUCCCACCACCUGUAACGCAGUCAACAACAACAACAAUGGGCGAAAGAACGUACAGUGAUUUUAUAGACAUUUUAAACGAUUGGGUUUUGAAGAGAGCAGGUGUUGGGAAGAUGUACCUCCCAAAAUAUUAUGAAGGGAAGGAACGUAAGGAAUUUCUUGAGGUAAUGAUGCCGUAUUUAAAUCCUACACUCUUUUUUUUACCAUCGUCAUCUGAUGCUGGUUGUCAGGAAAAUGCUGUGCCUGAAACGCCUCCUUCACCACCUCAUCAAUCUGUCAUUAUGGUGACUGAUCAGCCGCAUACGGUACGGGAUAGUCCACAUUUAAGGGAUCUGCUGCAACGAUCCAGCAAUAUUGAUUUGGAUCAUGAGGAAGAAAAAAUACCUCCUUCGCAAAUUUAUCGUCCCGAUGGUAAAGACCUGAAUGAGGUGUUUUUUGUUCCUGAAUUUCAUCAGUGUGUUGCUGGAGAUCAGGAGGCGUUGGAACAAGAACAUCUGACAACUGAAAUGCCUCAACCAUCUGAUGAGGAUGUUGUUCUUGUUCCAGACUCUCCUGAUCUAGUGAAACAGAUGCCUGUCCGGGAAGAUAGCAAAGAAAAAAUACCUCCCCUAAACAGAGAAUUGGAGGGGGUGCCAUGCACACCAGAGGAUCUUGCUUUGCUAGACUUCUCGGACUUGCUAUAUUAUGAAGAAAAUAGGAAGUGCCAUUCAAAAAGAGACAAAUUACCAAACGGAUUGCCUAUGACAGAAAAUUCGUCAGAUGGGGACGUCCUGAAAUAUCUUUCAGGAUCGUUUCCAGAUAAUGAAUCAAAUGUAACAGGCAACCAAUCAGAAUCACCACUCUGUACACCAAUUGUAAACGUGGAUUCUGAUUCUCCUCUUCGAGGUCAAAUAGUUCAUAAUCUCUUUGAUGAGAUUACGAAUGGGAAAGUGCAACUUGAGGGGUUGCAAUCAUCACAACUUGGGCAGGAUGUCCAACUCCAGCAGUUUCUGGAGUCGAACAUCCUCACCAAGGCUGAGGAGCGUUCAUCACUUACAACUAACAAGUUGCAAGAGGUGAACGAACCUCAUACCUCCCAAGUUGCAUCGACAUCCUCCGCUUAUAUCAGGUCUGAUCCUACUAAGCGGAAGCUUGACCUCGAUGGGGGGAAUUCAAAGAAGCGACAGAGGAGGCAGGACAGGGACUCUGUCUUGAGAUCACUUUUGAAAAGUCCCAAUGAAAGGAGACCUCCUCAUGCAAUUGGUGUUCUACCGGGUGGUAAUGUUGGAAAUGGUGUACCCCAGAAAGACAAUCCCAACAUCCGGGCAAUUUUAAGUGGCACACAUUCUGUGGUACACCCUUUCCAUGAUACCAAGAUGGCGACGUCUUUUUAA